AUGAAGACAGCCCUGCUUUUCCUCUGUAUUAUAGGAAUCACUUGUGCCUUCUCUUCAAAACACUUCCGGAGAAGAUUUAAGUCAGAAGAUUCAGAAGAAAAUGCAGUGUUCAAGAACAGAUACAGGCAUUUUCUUUAUAGAUAUCCUUACUUCUACCCACCUAUGAAAAGAUUCCAGUUUAACAGUGACUCAUCUGAAGAAGGUUUUGGUGGCAAUAGUUCAGAGGAGGAAGAGGAAGAAGAAGGGGGACAGUCAAAUGAAGAAAAUGAAGGGGGAAAGGGAAGUGAAGAGACUACGGUGGCUCCCACUACACCUGCAGCUGGAGAUACGAAGACUGAUGGAAAUGCAGAACCUCCCGCAGAGAUGCCAGGAGUAAAAGACCCUCUUCAGAAACCAGGGAAAGAAGGAGGUGAUAAAAAGGUAGAUAAUGCUCCCCAAAAAGGUGCAAAGGAAGAAGACAGCGAUGAAAAUGAGGAAGAGGAGAACGAAGAGGAAGAAGAGGAGAAAGUAGAUGAAAAUGGAAGUGGUGCCAAUGCCACCAGCACAAACAGCACCCUAGAAGAAACUGGAAAUGGUGGAGAGGAGGAAGAAGAGGAAGAAAACGAAGCAACAACCAUCAGUCUAACCACCUUGGUCACAACUGUCAACCCUACUGAAAGUACUACAGGUGAACAGUGGCAGGAUGGGACCAGCCCUGCAGAUCAGGGCCAAUAUGACACUACCACUGAAGAUCUAUGGGUGCAUGAUGCCACCACCACAAAUGGAUAUGAAGUCCAAACUGAUUAUUACGGCAGUGAGAAUGGGUACCCACGAGGAGAUACCUUCAGAAACUAUGAGGAUGAGUAUAGUUACUACAAAGGGCAUGGAUAUGAUGUAUAUGGCCAAGAUUAUUAUUAUCAUCAGUGAAAAAAAAUAGACAUCCCUUGACAUGCUGAUUAUAUAUUUUUGCAUGUCAAUUGUUCACGAAAUCUACUCAGGAAAAUGCAUCACAAUAGAAUGGUGCUUGUAAAACAAGAUAAACAAUUGAUAUCUGGUAUUCAUGCUAACUAUGAAAAUAUACUGUUUUUAAAGGUAUGUCUUUGAUCAAUACUCAUGUACCCAUCGUGGAUUUAUAAAUUGAUUUAUUUUAAAGAAACAAUCAUAUUACAGAUGAAUAUUAUUUUGUUGCUCAACAUCAAUUUUUCUUUGGGAUGGUGCUGGACCUGGACUAGGCUCCAUAUUAGCCUAGUUUUUGUCAAAUGAAAAUAUUAUUAUCAGACUGAAGUUUGUUGUAUAAAAUAGAUGGCCCAUUCUUAUAUUUAUAUUAAAACUGAGUGUUAAGAUAUACCAACCAGAUUAAUUCCAAGUAAACAUAAUGAAAUAAGUUAAACUUAUCAGACUAUUCAUUUGUUCUGAAUUAUUUUGUACUGAUUAAGGU